AUGAUAGUAAAAGAAAUAGUGCGGACUGUGAUACAGAAAGAAAUGGAGAGCCUCUAUAAUAAAACAAGUAAAAGUGUAUUGGACACAUUGAAUAAGCAGCUAAAGGAUGUAAGUGAAGAAUUAUCAAAAAUAAAGGAAUCUAUGGAGUUUAUGAACGCUGAAUUUGAAGAGUGUAAAAUGGAAACUUUAGCUAUGAAAAAAGUUAUAAAGAGCUUCAGGAUGAAAAUUGCAAAGUAA